ACUCUAGUAUUUUACUAAAUUUCUUGGCCGCCAGCUGCCAGCAGUCGUGCUACACUUCUAUAACAAUUUUAAUUUAAUUUUCAUACAAAACUAACGUUUUUAAGGUGCUUCAUUUGCGUGUGAUACUUUUAAGUUUUAUUACAACACUUGUAUUAUUGUGACAAUACCUGCCGUCAACGACGUACGCCCUUAUUUUCAACACUCUUCAAAGAUAUUCAUCAUAAUUAAUGUGCAUAUUGUAAAGGAAUUUUCACUGUGUGCUGUUGUAUUGUUAUUUCGUCAUACCUAUUUUCGUCAAGUGUCAACGUGCAAGCACCACUCGAGUCACAGAUAACACGAUUAAUCAUUGCAGUUAUUGGAAGUAGUAAACAAAAACAAAAAAUCAAAAUAACAAAACAUAUACGAUAAUGGCACAAUCUAUAGCUGGCACUGCCUCUACGGCCAAUACUAGCGUUGGCGCUGGUUUGAGCAUCGCAGGCAGUUUGGGUGUUGGUGUGGAUUUGGAUUUGGUAGAUAUGAAGCAUUGCUUCGAAAAUCUCAUAGUGAUUGAUGCGGGCGCAAAUUUAACAAACAAAAAAUAUAGCCGUGAUCUGGAAUCAGUUAUACAGCGCGCAAAAGAUGCAGGUGUGCAAAAAAUUAUGGUUCCGGGUACAUCGGUGAAGUCAAGCAAGGAAGCGCUGCGUCUAUCACGCAUUUAUCCCGAUAUAAUCUAUUCGACUGCUGGCAUACAUCCACACGACUCCAAAUCAAUUAUCGAAGAACCAAAUAGUUGGUUCGAAUUCGAACACAUUGCGGCUUCGCAGGAAUGCGUUGCUAUCGGACCUUGUGGCUUAGACUAUCAACGUGAUUUCUCUGAGCCCGAGGCACAAAAGGAGAUAUUUGAAAAGCAAAUACAUUUGGCUUGUCAAUUAAACAAAGCAUUGCUGAUACAUGAGCGCACCGCGCAGCAAGAUGUACUCGACAUACUAGACAAGUUUGAGAAUUUACCGCCCGUGAUCAUAAGAGGUUUCAUGGGCACCGCGGACGAAGCAGUCGAAUAUCUGAAUAGAAGAUUCUACAUUAGUUUAACUGGUUAUUUAUGCAAGGACAAAUCAGAUAGUGGAGUGCGCAAACUCUUAGAAAAUGGUACCCUACCUAUAGAUAGACUGCUCGUCGAAACGGAUUCACCGUUCAUGUAUCCAAAUACUAGAGCUUCCAAGCUGCCGCAACAUGUUAAGACUGGUAUAACAGAACGUUCACUAUUAUAUUUACAUAGGUACUGUACUUUUCAACGUAAUGAACCUUGUAGUUUGCCCGCCAUAGUCGAGAUGAUAGCUGCAUUCAUGAAGAAAACGCCCGAUGAAGUAGCUUUAGCCACUGCAUUUAAUGCACUGAAGCUUUUUGGGCUAUCCUAAAUGCCAAUGGCUGUGAUUUUUACACUUAUGUAGACUGUCAUAAAAUUGCUUAGUGCGUAAAGAAAAGCAAUUGAAAGCAUGCAUCGUUUUUCAGCAACAUUUACAAAACGUGUGUGCGCAUUGUGUGGAAUUCAAAACGAAAGUGCCAAAAUUUUAUACGUGGUAAUAUAGUUUUUUUGCUUAAAUUCCUACAUAAACUAAGAACUACAAGACUUCGAAAGUGCCUUAAGUGAAGUGCGAAAAACGCCAAUUGGGCGAUUAAAAAAAUAACAUAAACAAAAAACGACAAAAUAUGCUAAAAACAAUAUAAUUUUAACGAAAUCGACACCUAUUUAUUAUACACAUACAUAUAUGUAUUUACUAACAACGACGUGUUUUUAAAGCGCAUGCAAACCCACAAUAUACUCAUUAAACCAACUGAUUGGUUCGAAUAUGCUAUGAUUUGAAUCGCCUUAGUGUUAGUGUAAACACAACAAAAAACAUAAAAUUAUAAAAUAUUUAUUAAAAAUUUAAUGCGAAUAAUGUAACGCGAAUAACGGGAAAAUGGGUGCUAACCCAAAUAAAUUUAGCUACACACAUUUAAACUUCACCGUCCCGUGAUAUGUAUGCUUAAAAAAUGCUUAAAUAAUAUGCAUAUACGACAACAUAUCUUCAUUAAAGUGUUAUACAAAACGUUUAAGAUGCGUUCAAAAAAUAUCUAAAUACAUACAAAUAAAAUAUAUUUAUUAAAUACCACAAAAUGGCAACUUGAGUUCGCAUCACAUACAUUAUUAAAUUAUUUAAAACUGUUGAACAAACAGCAGACACGCAAAAAGAAAGCACUUUGAGCGCUUCUUAUAGCAAAAAAAAAAAAAUAAAAACAAAACAAAAA